AUGCGCCUCACUUACAUACUCGCAAUGGUAUUCGCGACCACUCUCUACUCCAGCGGGACUGCGCUUCAAGCCACCACGGAGAUCACCGAAAUGACCAAGAAAACUGCUAUCUCGCCUAAUACAGUUGUUCGCGGCCACCCGAAUGGAGAAAGACAGCUACGGCGUGUCGGCAAUGACAAAUACGAGGCCGAUGAAGAAAGAGGCUUUUUUGGGAGGCUCAGGGAGGUUGUUAAGAGAUUGAAUGCCAGUAAAGGAGCAGGAAAAACUACGACACAAAAAACCAAGGAACAAACACACACUGACUUCGUGGACAACCUACGGAAAAACAACUAUGAGGAAUUACUGAAACGCGGCUAG